GAGAAAGCCCGGCUGGAAGUGCUCCAGUCAGGAGCUGUGCUGUGGUGUUUGAGGAGAGCCCUGCCUGGUGCCCUCCGCAAACUGAGCGUUACAGAGGAGAAUGGGGCUUGGGGAGAGCUGAACGGAUCCUGAAAUAUGCAGCAGUAUAUUGGGGCCAAGGAAGUCUUGAAAUAUGCCUCAAAUUUUUUCCUCGUGUUAAAUUGAUCGCUAGUCCACAGGAUUGUUUCCAUUCUGUCCUCAUCUGAGUCGUUCAUGCACAUGGUGCACGCAGGGGUCUGGCCGAGCGGCAGUGAACGCAGCCAUGCAUCAUCUUUUUGGGCUGGUUUUGGCACAAAAAGACCUUUCACGUGCAGGGGAUCUCUUUUCCUUAGAGGAUGCUGAAAUCGAAGGAAGCCUCUCAGAAGCUCUUGAACAAAUAAGAAUAAUUAGUUCAUCUGCGGACUACCAGACCAAUGACAACGACCAGGCUGUGGUGGAAAUCUGCAUCACUCGCAUCACCACUGCCAUCAGGGAGACGGCGUCCAUCGAGAAGCACGGGAGAGCCCUCGUGGCUCUCUGGGAGUCGUGUCUGGAGCACAACCUGAAGCCUUCUGGAAAAGAUGAGGACACACCGCAUGCGAAAAUAGCAUCCGAUAUCAUGAGCUGUAUCUUGCAGAAUUACAAUCGACCUCCAGUAAUGGCCUUAGCUGUUCCAGUGGCAGUGAAAUUUCUUCAGAGGGGCCCUAAGGAACUGUGCAGAAACAUGUCAAGUUAUCUAUCCUUGGCUGCAAUCGCUAAAGCAGAUCUGCUGGCUGAUCACACAGACACCAUUGUCAAAAGUGUCCUUCAAGGGAACGCGAUGCUGCUGCGGGUCCUGCCUGCUCUGUACGAGCAGCGGCCGGGGCCGAUAAACCUCCGGCUGAGGGAGCUGGUGGCACUGAUGGCUCAGCUGGACCCGGCCGAACAGCACCACCUCCUCCGGCUCCUCCAGAUUGUGGCCAGGAAAAAGGAACUGGGGGUGCUGAAAGAGUGUGUUCCAUCUCUAUUUGGACACUUGAGAGACCCUAACCAUAGCGACGCUAUUCUAAACAUACUCACAGAAAUAUCCACCUAUGAACCAACAGCCUUAGCCCCUUUUCUUCCGAUGCUGAAGGAAAUUGGUGAGAGUUUUCCAAGUCUGAUUGGGCAAACAGCAAAGAUCUUUGGAGCUGUUGGACAUAUCGAUGAGGAGAGCGCCAGAAUAUGUCUGAUGUAUUUAGUGAACCAGCUGGCCAAUAUGGAGCACUCGUUUCACCAUAUUCUUUUGCUGGAAAUUAAGAGUCUCACUGACACCUUCUCGAGCAUCUUGGGCACUCAGAGCAGAGAUAUCUACCGCAUGAGCAACAGUUUCACUGCCAUAGCCAAGCUCCUCGUCCGACAGCUAGAGAAAAACGACGCAUCAGGAGCCAGAACAGAAAAUGAUACGGAAACAGAAUCUCCCGUGCCACUGGAUGAUUUAAAAUCUGUUAUGAGUGGAAAUGAUGAAGAUGGGAAGCUUCAAGUUAAAAUACAGGCUUUUGAAGAGAAAAUAAAUGUCGACAACAGUACUCCUGGCUCAGUGCGGAGAUACAGUUUAGGACAGGUUUCUAAAGAAGAAAGGAAGGAUAUGAGAUUUAACAGGUCCAAAAGCCUCGCUUUGCAUGCAGUCCGCAUGAAGGGGGUACACUCAGAGAGCGGACAGGACGAGGAGAACGGGGAGAUAACUGCUGGCAUCUCCUUCACUGAGAUCUACUUUAGCCAAGAAAAUGACAAAGUGUCUUUCAGCGUCGAUACUGAAGCAAUGCAACUGGGAAAUUCUUUGGUUUCACACCAAAGUAUCGAUUACUCGGAAUCAGCAAAUUUGCCAGAAUCUACUAAAGAAAAGGCCCUCGAAGGAAGCGCAGAGGCAGUGACGAGCCCUGUGGAAUACCAGGACAAGCUCUACUUGCACUUGAAGGAAAACCUGGGUAAAGUGAAAGCAUAUGUCACAGAGAUGGGGAGGAAAAUUCCAGUCCCCGAUCGGUGUGUUAUUGAAGAUACUGUUAGAAGUUGUGUAGCAAAGCUGUUCUUCAGCUGUCCCCUGAAGGGCCAUUACUGCUUGUACAGUAAAUCCAGUUUUACCCUCGUCAGCCAGCAGCCCCCGCUGUGGAUCCACAUCAUGUUCCUCUUUCAGCAGAGCUUGUUUGCAGAACCUUUGUCCAUACAGAGUAAUUCUGUUCAAGUCCUUAAGGCCUUGUGGGAGAAGACACAGCUCAAGGGGACGCACAGUUUUGAAACUGCCAUGAUCCAGUCGACAUUUCCACACCAAAAGGACCUGGACCGCGUGCAGACGCACCUGGAGGAAGUGAGGUUCUUUGAUUUGUUCGGCUACAGCGAGGAAGCGGGGACUUGGCAGUGUUUCAUGUGCAAUAACCCUGAAAAGGCAACGGUUGUAAAUCAGGAUGGCCAACCUCUGAUUGAAGGCAAGCUUAAAGAGAAGCAAGUCCGGUGGAAGUUUAUCAAAAGGUGGAAAACUCGGUACUUCACUCUGGCUGGCAACCAGCUGCUUUUUCGGAAAGGAAAAUCUAAAGACGACCCCGACGACUGCCCCAUUGAGCUCAGCAAGGUGCAGAGCGUUAAAGUGGUGGCAAAGAAGCGCAGGGACCGCAGCCUGCCCCGGGCCUUUGAGAUCUUCACCGACAGCAAGACCUACGUUUUCAAGGCCAAAGACGAGAAGAACGCCGAGGAGUGGCUUCAGUGCAUCAACGUCGCCGUCGCGCAGGCUAGAGAGCGGGAGAGCCGCGAGGCCACCACCCACCUGUAGAGCUUGCUGGCGCCUCCGUGGCCGUGUCGGAGGAGCAUCCCGCUGCCGUACCGUGGACCUCGCUCACCUCCAAAAGCCCCGCCGGCUCCUGGACCAUGAGAAGAACACCUGUCAGCACGGGCCAGGGAGAGCUUCGUGCCGCGCGAGAGGUCUGAGGCAUCAGCACCGCGGGCGGGCGGGCGGGGAUGGAGUGCCACCGCGCGGGAGCGCUCCCCGGCACCGCGACAUUUGCUGGUGCGGAAGCAGCUUCCACCUCCACGGGUGAAAUGCAGGGUUUGUGGGUUUGUUUUUUUUUUUUUUUUCCCAGCCUAACAGCCUGCAAGACGGGUGCCGGGGUUCAAAACAAACCUUGGAGCCCGGCCCCUCAGCCUCUGCUUCCGAGGUGCGCAGGGUCUCGGUGGCUGUAGACACUGCCGACAGCGUUCGCGCGCGUAAGGACUUUUCUGCUUUCCUCGAUCACUUUCUGACUGUAAAAAAGAUAAUUUCCCUUCUUAUCUAAUCUCAGCGUGCUUUCUCCUUUUACUGUUUAUAUGUGUCUGUGGAAAACAAAAAAAAUCAAAUUUGCUGCUUCUUUCACGUUUUUAGCUGAGCAAUUUUAAAGAUUUAAUAAUGCUGAAAAAGAGCUUAAGAUAUUUAGCUGUUUUGAUUUUCCCUCUUUUUCCUGCUU